AUGCGUACCACCAAUGAACUGGAUGAUCAUACACCACUUUGCAACUGUACCUCCACUACCCUCUGUUCCAUAUUUUCCCAAGGAAUAUAUUAUUUAUACCCCUUCAAUAUUGAAUACCACAUUUUAGCAUCCACAAUGCUGUACGUGGUCUGGAAAAACAUUGGGCGUAAAGUUGAAUAUCUACAGCCACACAAGAUGCCAUUCAAGUUUCAGGGCAAAGCAAUAGGCAACAUCUUAGGUCUAGUAGUAUUUAUUACAACAAUAGCAGUUGUAGUUGUUUAUCUUAUUCAGAUUGGGCGUUCAAAAUUAAAGAGUGAACUAGCACUUACUAUGUUUUACUUGUAUGCCAUCACAGUACUGGCACUCAUGUGCGCAGCUGGUAUUGUGGCGAUUCUAAUCUAUAGACUUGAAGACAAAUCACUGGAUGUUUCUAAAAAUCCAGCUAGAAAACUUGAUGCAGACCUCUUGGUGGGGACUGCCUCAGGCUCCUGGCUUCUUUCUUGGGGUUCUAUUCUUGCAAUUAUCUCUGCUCAGUCCCAUCCUGCAUAUACAUGGUUCAAUUUACCCUACUCUGUGCUUGUUAUCAUUGAGAAAUACAUUCAGAACCUCUUCAUAAUUGAAUCUAUACAUCGUGAGCAUGACAAGAGUAAUGAUGACAUUAAAACUCUGCGAAUAUUAACAGUGUCCAGUGGAAGCAAUCUUUCCCCUACAGCUUCCUACAAAGAAAUCUAUAAUGGAACAAAUGGAGAGUUGUCAUCCAUAUAUUAUGGAAAUAGUUAUCCAUCUGAGAACAGUUCCAGUUGUGCUUUCCAUGAAAACAUCGAUCAGAGCAAGUUUCCAGUCCCUCCAUCCUCUCCAGAUUUCUCAUUCACUCUGAGAAACUUCUCUGUCAACAGCAAAAGUAUCUUGAAGAAUAUUGCUGUAUUUUUGUUCUUGUGUAAUCUCUCACUUUGGAUUCCACAAGCUUUUGGCUGCCGCCCUGAAUAUGACAAUGGCCUGGAAGAAAUGGUUUUUGGAUUUGAACCUUGGAUCAUUAUGGUGAAUCUUGCAAUGCCCUUUUCCAUUUUCUACCGGAUGCAUUCAGCUGCCUCUCUCUUUGAGGUUAGCUGCAAAAUGUAAAUUGUAUAAUUUCAUCAAGAAGGAAGUAUGAAAGGCUGGGAAGAUAAAUAUACUUGAUAGAUCUUGAAGAUCCAAGAUCAUUUAACUGAAUCCAUCUGACAUCUCUUCACUCCUUUGUGGGGAAAUUUAAGCAAACAAUACAUCUGUAAAAGCAUUACAUCUGUAAAAGCAUUGAGCCAAUACACAGCUGCAUGGUUGCAGAUUUUAAGAAAAAGAGCUGAUUUGGCACUUAAAUGGACAUGGAUGUUUUACCCCCCCACCCCCAUUCCGUACUUCCAAUAUGUGGUGCAGAAAUCAAGGAAAAGAGCAGGAUCUUGGAAGCUGCUGCUGCCAGGUGGCAGGUGAGCAUCUCUGCUUUCUUUAAUUAUCUGUUCCCUUCUGAUCCAGAGCAGGUAUGUCUCUGCAACGAGCUCAAAGAGGAUGUUUGAGACUGCAGACUAUGUCAAUGACAACAUUACAGAAUCAAAUGAAAUGAAAAAGCAGUAUCCCCACCAAAGUACUGUACACCUAUGUUAAUACUACUACUAAUAAUAAUUACGAUAAAUAUUCAAUAGUGUCAUUGAUUUUUCAUCCGUAAAGGUGAGGGAGGUCAGAAUUAUAAAAUUUAAGCCUCUACUUGUAAAAGGAGAGAAAUAACCAAAUACAGGUAGUUGUAAUUGUGGAAAAUGGUCAUAACUCACUUUUUCAGUGCUGUUGUAACUUUGAAUGGUUACUAAAUGAAUAUAAGUUGAGGACUAUUUGUAUAGUAGUGAAACCUUUUGAACAUAUUGAUAAUCAGGAUGUACUGAGUAGAUGUAAUUUUUUUUUCAAAAGAACACUUUUCUUCUGAAAAAAUAGUAUGAAACAGUAAACUAUUUCAUUAGACAGGUAUCUAGACAUAAUAAUUACAUAAUUUUUAAAGUCAUAUGUUUAUUUAUAUUUGUUUAUGACAUUCCUAAUAA